AUGUCGCAGUUCCGCGACCAGUUUUCGCAAUCGUCUCCGGGUUCUGUCUCCGGAGGCGGUGCUGACGCCGGAAAUAUUACUGGUACUCCAUCCUCUCGCCUCAUCGCAUUCUCACCGAACGCCAGUUCGGUGAAGUCCACGUCCAAGCUCAUCCAGACACCCGAUCGCGAGGACACUUUGGUCUUCUCGCCUACUCAUAGUAGCGGUGGUGGCUUCCGUGCCACCAACAUGUCUGCGGACAAAGACCCCUUUGUCACUCCUUCGUCCAAGGCAAAGAUGAAGUCGAACCAACAGCUGUCUGCUGCCGCGUCUAGCUUCCGCCCGUUCUAUGAUAGCUUGUCUUCGAACGGAUCUGUUGAGGGUAAUCCCCAAGCAGCCGAAGGGCAAGACCUUCAAGUGUCAAUUCCUGGCCAGAUUUCCAAUAGUCUGAGCACUGAAAUCUUCUUGUCGCGAUGUGUCGAGUUUUCAUGUUCGACUCAACUUGGGGCCGCUGAACUUAAUGAAUUCAUCGGUCUUGCUAUGCCCAGUGACAUGUUUGCUGCUGCGAAUGAGGGCCAGUUGGAUAUGCUUGCUGUUCUUCUCCACAAUGCUCCUAUGGAAUUAUCCCAGGUCGAGCCCCAUGUGCUCAAGCUGCUUCAGGCCGAGGGAGAUCUUUUCGCUUUCCAGAAGGAUCCUCGGUCGGAGGAGGGUGCUGUCAAAGCGAUCAUUGAAUACGCUGACUGUACUGUUGCCAUGAAUGUGGCGUCGAAAUUGAAUGGCGUCAUUGUUGAUGGCCUCCACAUCCGGCUGAGCUUUUACCAGCCUGAUGGACACACUGGGCGAGCGGCGCCUCCGAACGACGGAGUUACGACGCCGAUGCCUACUCCUGGCCGCUACCCUCCGCCGGACAACAACACUGCGAGUUUCCAAGGGCAACAAGGCAUGCAGCCCCAAAAGAUGGCGAUGCAACAUGGUUCCAACUCCAUGGUUCCAGCCAGACAUCAGCCAACCCCUCCAACGUCAGGCAUCGGCGGACCGCCGCAGCAGCAGGUUGCCCUCGUCCACAUGGUGGUGCGUAACCCAUACGGCACCACUGGCCCAAUUAUCCUGGAUCCAUUCAAUGGUACGAGCUCAGGAAUGGGAGGUAUGGGAGGCAUGGGAGGCAUAGGAGGCAUGGGAGGCAUGGGAGGCAUGAGCACCUUGGGGCCAAUGGGGCCAAUGGGCUCAAUGGGAACUACGGGAGGCAUGGCCGGAAUGGGACCAAUGGCCGGAGCCCCCAUUGUCUUUCCUCCCGGGACGCCCAUGUCAACCAUUGUUCAUCAAGGAUAUGACGGCGGACAGAGACGUGGUCCCAUGGUACGUUAUGGCAACCGUCGCGGCGUAAUGCGCAUGGAUAGGUCGAUGCAGUUUGGCCCCAACGGCCAUCAUAACCAAGUGGAUGUCAAGCGUAUUCGCGAUGGUGUUGAUGUGCGGACGACGAUUAUGCUCCGAAACAUUCCCAAUAAGGUCGACCAGCGGAUGUUGAAGGCAAUCAUCGACGAAUCGAGCUGGGGCAAGUACGACUUUAUGUACUUGCGAAUUGAUUUCGCAAACGAUUGCAAUGUCGGAUAUGCGUUCAUCAAUUUUGCAGAUCCGCUAGAUAUCAUCGAUCUUUACUACACCAUAGGUGGGACCAACCCCGAGCUUGCUGGCCGUGAAGAGGAGUUCCCCGGACCAGACAAUCCGUCCAAGAUGAAGCGGAGCUGCGAGAAUGCUGAGCACGUUGAAUUUGGCACAGGUCUCUUCACACCCCAUCUCAGCCAGUACUACCGGGAUGAACAACGUCGCCGCCGCUCUCAGUUCGACCGUGGUACUAGAAUGGCGGCUCUUGAAGAGAUUGACUACGACGCAAGUCUUCAGCGUGUGUACGUGCCGAACUAA